UGUUCAUAGCCACCUCUGUUUUCAAUACUUUCAAAUUUUAAUUUAACAUAACUAUCUUUUAUCAGUUCUGGGUCGUUUUUGCUGAAAUUGUUGUUUGCAUUGACUUAUAAUUCUGUUUGUAUCAAGGGAAAUUUUUUCCGGGUGAAGUGUUUUUGGGUGCAGAAACUAAAUUUAAGUUGUAAAUUUAUUAUUAUUGUUACUUAUUAUCCUUUUGUGCUGAAACUACUUCAAAAAAAAUGUCGAGUUUUGGAUGAGUUUCAUGCUAAAUGGAGCCAUAAGAGAAAAGAAAAAGAAAAGAAAAGAAAAUUUCCCUUGAAAAAUUCUUGUGGUUGUCCUGUUGGGAAUUUGAUAUCAGGGGCUAAUGUAGUUGGCCUUUUCAAUUUAAACUUAUUUUUAUUGGGCUCUGUUUGUUCUCCAACUCUUGUUCCUUUUUAUACUGAAAUAGUAAAUUCAGUAAGUGGAAAAUGGGCAUUAUGUUUCCUGGAAUCAAAAAAAUUCUGGUGGCCUUUAUGAUCUUUACACUUCUUGCUUGCAUAGGCCACUGUUUUCAUGUAUCUUCCUUGCCAUGCAAUGUAUCUCUAGCCCAAUCUUGUCCUGCUUCACUGUACUAUGUUCCAAAUUCCCCCAAAACCCUAGCAGCAGCAGCUUCUUUAUUCCAUGUGGAUUCAAAUUUAGUCAGACAGACUGUCGACGGUUACCUGGUUAAUGUGAAUUGCAGCUGCCCAGCAGGCCACACUGCAUUCACCUGGCACAUGGAUUACACAGUCCAACAUGGUGAUACAUGGGAGCAAAUUUCAUCAAGUUUUGGGUCAUUUGUGGUGAAGAAAACUGAUAAAAUGUUGAUUUCCUCACAGAAUGUUACUUUAGAUCUCUUGUGUGGUUGUUCCAAGGAUAAUAAGGAGAUUGUAACCUAUAGAGUUAAACAUGGGGAUACGCUUUAUACCAUUUGUUCUCGGUUUAGUGCGGAUUUAAACCAGAUGGUGCAGUUGAAUGGGAUUGAUAAUUCAGGUCUUAUCCAUGAUGGAGAUGUAAUUUUCAUUCCAGAACCAGGAGGCCUUGAAAAUCUUCUCAUGAAUGAAAAUAAAGUUUCAAAGGUCAAGAAAACUCCAAAACCUCGAAUCAGUAUGAUAGUUGGAAUCACUUUGGCUGCUGUUUCUGUUGUGACAUUGUUAGUCAUGAGUUUUGUGUGGAGUUACUGCUAUAAGAGGAGCCAAAUUCGACGAGCAAAAGCUUAUUCAAGGAGAACUGAAUGCUUGCAUUGUUAUCUUACUACAUGCUCUUUCCAUAAAAAAUCUGAAGAAAGCAUGGCUUCAUCAUUCAAUUUAGAUAAAGCCACUGUCUUCUCCUACAUUGAAGUUUGUGAUGCAACUUGCAACUUCAGUAUGUCUUUAAAGAUUGGCCAAGGAUCUUAUGGGUCUGUUUACCUUGGAAAAUUAAGAGGAAUUGAUGUGGCCAUCAAGCAAAUGAAAGAGACAAAGUCAAAAGAGUUCUUCUCUGAGCUCCAUAUUCUUUCAAGAGUUCACCAUACCAACUUGAUUAAGCUUAUUGGAUAUGCGGGUGGUGGUGACUCUCUGUUUCUAGUAUAUGAAUUUGCCCAAAAUGGAGCAUUGAGCCAUCAUUUGCAUAGACCCACUGCAAGAGGUUAUAAACCUCUUCAAUGGACCACACGACUUCAGAUUGCUCUUGAUGCAGCAAGAGGCCUUGAGUAUAUACAUGAGCACACAAAACCAUAUUAUGUUCAUCGAGAUGUGAAAACAAGCAAUAUCCUCUUAGAUUCCAAUUUUCGGGCAAAGAUUGCAGAUUUUGGACUAGUGAAACUAUUUGAACAUUCUCCAAACUCAGCAGCUGCAGCAUCUAGAAUUGUGGGCACAUUUGGCUAUCUUGCUCCUGAGUACAUUCGUGACGGGUGUGUGACCACAAAGAGUGAUGUCUAUGCUUAUGGAGUUGUUCUAAUGGAACUACUUACUGGCCAACCAGCACUUAGUAGAGAUGCAAAUCCUGGAAACGAUCAGUACAUGGAACAUCGCUCUCUGGUGGAAUAUCUGCUAUCAGCUUUAAAUGACAGUCAUGAUUCCCUCAUGCAAUGCAUUGAUCCAAAUCUCAUUUACUAUCAUGCAGAUUCAGUUUUUCAGAUGGCUCUCUUGUCCAAGGACUGCGUAGAUGAUGACUGGAAUCAACGUCCAGACAUGUCCAGCAUUGUGAUCCGUCUCUUGCACCUUCUUGCCCGCUCCAGGGAGUGGGAGAAGCUAGAGUGCAACCCCAUGUCCUGAAACUAUAUGUUUAAAUCGAUGCCUUCCAAAUCUCUGCAGUUCAUUAGGUUGUAACUUGUUAACUUUGAGGAAGUAUUUAUGUA